AUGAGCCAAGGAGGUCAAGAUCAACCGCGCCGUCCUCAAUCGGAGACGGAGCCAGUGCCGAUCAAGUACGGUGACGUUUUCGAUGUCCACGGUAAAUUAGCCGACGAACCGGUUGCGCCGGGAGAUGCAGCCACCGUGCAGGAAGCUGAAAAUAUAGUGGUCGGAAAAGUCCAAGAAGGCGGUCCUGGUUCAGUUAUGCAAUCCGCAGCCGACAUAAACGAAAGGCGCGGUGUUGUUCGUCAUGACCAAGCCACCAGUUUCGUCACAGACGUCGGAGUCACCAUCUCCGAAGCUGAAAUCGACGGCCGCCGUAUCAUAACCGAAGCUGUCGGCGGAGAGGUUGUGGGCCAAUACACUCUGCCAAAGGAGGGAGAUGUGAAGGGGACUAGAACUGUUCCUGAUUUGCCAGUUGAUCCGACGGCGGUUACAAUCGGGGAAGCCCUGGAAGCAGCCGGACUUUCUGCCGGGGACAAAGUGCUGGAUCAAGGGGACGCCGCCGCUAUUCACGUUGCGGAAAUGAGAGCAACUGGUCUUGACACAGUAAUGCCCGGUGGGAUUGCAGCUGAAGCCCAGUCCGCCGCCGCCCAUAACGCCGGCCGGACUACCAGGGAUGACGACAAAAUCACUCUUGGUGCUGUUCUGGAGGAUGCAACGAGUAAGCUUGUGGAUGACAAGCCAGUGACGAGGGAGGAUGCAGAAGGGGUGGUGGCAGCAGAAACUCGAAACAGGCCGGACUUGGCUACUUUUCCCGGCGGUGUUGCUGCAUCGGUCACGGCGGCUGCUAAGUCAAUGAUGAGCCAAGGUGGUCAACCUGAAACAGAGUCAAUCAAGUCCGGGGAGGUUUUAGCUGUCUCUGCUUCUCAAUUAGAUGAGAAACCGGCAUCACCGCCUGCAGAUGCAGCCGCCGGGCUGGAAGCUGACGGGACAGUGAUCGGGCUCAUCCAGAUCCAAGAAUGCAGUUCUCAAGCUGAAAUCAUGUUUCAAGCAACCGUUGAAGGAGAAAAGAGUCGCGGCCAAAUCAUCACCCAGUUAGCUGUUGAUGAAGAGGACGUCGUGGGUCAGUGUUCAGUUUCAAAGAAAGAAGAUCUGGUGAUCAUAACGAGGACGAGCUCCGUUCCCGAUUCGCCGGUUGACCCAACGGCAGUUACAGUCGAACAAGCACUUGAAGCGGCGGGCCUGUCCGCCGGGGAGGAUGACCAAGGAGCUAGUUUCAUUGUAGAAAUGAGAGAAAGUGGUUUCGAAAGAUUAAUGCCUGGUGGCUUAGCAGCUGAAAUCCAAUCUGUAGCAGCCCGUAAAGUCCGCCGGAUUACUCGAGAUGACGAUAAAAUCGUCCUUAAGGCUGCGGCUGAUAAGCUUAUGGACGAGGAGUAUGCUGAAGGAUUCAUAGCUGAGAUAUUGAAGAACACACCUUCAUUGGCUUCUUAA